UAUCCAGAGGACUGGAAACGAUUCCAAGUGCCAAUCAGUAUCCGGGCGUCGCAGCUCAGUCGCGUCAUGGAUUAUUAUUCCGACAAUGCGCGAUCCAGUGACGAGGAUAAAAGCGUAGGUAUCGAUGGCAGCUUGCAACGAUCAGGUGAUCCGAGGCCAGCGAUGGAACGUUCAGCUCGUGGUGUAAGUGCGACACGUCGAGCAGGACCUGGAGUGCCCUUGAAAAAAGCAGAGCUGGGAGUAGAGAGUCGGAGAUCGGAUAAAUUCGACGGGGAUUUAACGAAGACGUUGGACAAGGACGAAGAAGGAUCUGCUGGAAAAAUGAGGAAAAUUAAAAGGGUCACGGGAAAGGACCCUGAUUGGCGUCAGCGUGAAGUUGACGAGGUCUCAGGGAGUCUCAGAGACACGGAUGAAAGUGGAGUUGCUCGAUCGCGAACAAGGGGGAGGGGAACAGCGGGGAAGAGAUAUGACAGAAAUCGCAAAUCUGCCGAUGACGAAGAAUUCGAGAUCGAUGAUUUCUGGCGACGCAAGAAGAAAUCCAGUCGAGGGAAGAAAGAUCAGAAUGGGAAGGUGCUUGAGGAACCUGGAAGACGAAAGAAGCUUUACAGGAACGCCGUCGCGGAUAGUCAAACGGAGGAACGUGUCGGGAAGAUGGACGACACCGAGGACGAAGGGAGAACGGCCGGCCAACGAGGCAGAAAGAAAUCCCGAAGAGGAAAGGACGACGGAACGGAAGAAAUGGCGGAUACAAGCGAGAGCAAAGGGACACGAGGGCGAAGGAAGAAAAAGUCAGAUGCGUUUGACAGCAGAAGGAAGGGGACGUCUUCCAACGACCUUGAUGAAGAAGAAACUGCCCUUAAGGGUGAUGGAAAGCGGAGAGGUCGCUCGAGCGAAGAACGAGAAGGAACUGAUUCUGACUUAAUGAGAAAACGUAAAGCCGGUAAGGCACGCGGUACGAGCGCGACGGAUAAAUCAACGCUUGAUUCAGAGAGCCACGGUAAGAAGGAGACGAACAGGGUUAGCAAGAAGAAGGAACGCCGACUGCUGGAUUCGAGUAGAACGGACGACGAUUACAGCAAGAUAAAUGGUUCUCGUUAUCGCAAAAGGAACGCGAGAGCUAAGGGGCUACACGAUGUCGAAACUGACCAUCGGAGCUCGAUCGAGUACCAAUUAUCAGACCAGCACUUCGUGGAGCAGGGCUGGACCGUACUGCCGAUUGCCAAAACCAUGAGGAAAAUCGUCCAGUACCAAGCAAAGCCAGCGAAACCUCAUCUGAACUGGUUCAAGAAGCACAGAUACGAUGGGAAAGUGUAUUACAACGAUGGCUCCGCCGUUUUCCUCCAUUUCCGUACCGAUGGAUCUGGACAAGUGUUUUAUCCAAAUGGGGAAUUGGCUAUCGAUGUCUGGAGACUGGAUCAUCGAAAAUACGAUAUGUGUACUGUGUUCACCCCAGGAGGCAAGGAUUCCAUGGGUGUGACGAGAAGAUCGCAAAUUGUUGCAAUGUUCGACACCACGGGCAGCGGUGUUGUCUUCGAUCAGGACGGCGCGACGAGGCUGUCCUACAAUCAGAUUGGAGGAAUUUGGAGGGAUAAUCCGGCAGGACCGCCGCUGACGUGGAAGUGGGACAUCGACGAGAAGGAGUCGAUAGUCAAGAUUGUGUACGAGGAGAAGCCAGCUGCGCACUUGGAGAAACUCUUGCGCCCUCCACUGAGGUCUGCGUUAAAGAGUUCCCGAAGUGGCAAAACAACAACGUCACCGGCGAGCUCGCGAAAUAAGGAAAAGAAGGUCGCGGAACUGAAACCUGUUGUCGUGGCAAACGACGACGAAGAAGAGGUCGAGUCCGGACACGACCUUCAGGAUUAUCCUGAAGAACGUUGUCACCUGAAAGCAAUUUGCAUGAAGUUAACCGAUUACGUCAGCUUGAGGAUCCUGAAUCGAAGGAACAUCAAUCUUCAGUUUCUUGCUAAUGGAAAGAGUAUUAGAAUUGAAUUGGGCACGAUUUUGGAUUUCAACAAGGAAGUGGGGUCGUAUUUCGUGGACACCAGUUCCAAAGACGCUAUGUUGGGAUGGAAUUUCGACAAAUUGUUGUCAUCCGAGCUAGAAGCGGACAGUAGUUUAUACAAGUUAGCCAACGAAUUGCGCGAAGUUAAGAAAGCGGCCAGACAACGUAAACUCAUGAUCGCCAAGUAUAAACCGUACUUGCAUUCGUGGAAAUCAUUGAAAACUCGAUGUCGUCCGUGGUAACUGG